GUUCCGCUUUAGGUGUGACGCUCCUUCAUCUGCGACGACGUAGGAAGAGAAACUGUCACCGGGAUUUCAUUAGGUCUCAAAUGUUAUUCAUUUUAAACGUGAGAUUACAUAACUGAGAGCUUCAAAGAGGAGUUUGUAAAGUUUUACAAGUUAACAAGGUUCAGGAGGAGGUGCGUGGGAUCCAGGUGAAGUCCUGACGGGUCGAGAUGAGUACGGCCAGGUAUCAUUAUCAAGGUCCAAAUGGCCAGCAUGAGCGUAUUGACUUCUUAACCAAUACAGAGAAGAAGCCAUCCAAGAGAAAGACAGCCAUCUUGAUCGGGGUUCUCGCAGGGGUUCUAGUCCUGGCAGCUAUUGCAGCUUUUCUCAUUUGGUUUUUUGCCUUUAAAGAUGCUGAUUCUGCCGAUAAACUUAAUAUACACCCUCAACCCACUCCAGUGGUGUUCAGUGGACGUUUGAAGCUGUCUGGUGUAAAUUAUGACGCCAAACUGGAGGACACCAACAGCAGUGAGUUCCAGGUGCUGGCUGACAACUUGGAAGGAGUUCUGAAGGAAAACUACAAUAAAGAUAAAUUCCUGAAACAAUAUUACUCCAAGUCUGUCAUCACUGCAUUCAGCGAGGGCGUGAUAGCCUAUCAUUGGACCCGUUUUAUAGUUCCCGUGAAGGACGCGGAGCUCGUGGCAGAAUUCACAGAGGAGCGGGUGUUGGAUGUAUUGGAGAAAGGCAUUCAGGCAAAGUCCUUUGUGGCCAGGCAUGGCUCAUCGCGCAGCAGCAACUUCACCAUCACCAAAGUCACCGCUUCACUCACAGAUCCACGCCUGGCCAAGAGCCCGAGAGGUGAGGAGUGUUUCUUCCGUCUGGAGGCUGAAGACACUGAACAGAUGUUCACGUCACCAGGGUAUCCCGAGGGCUACCCUGUCAAAUCCCGGUGUCAGUGGCAAAUCCGUACAGCAGCGAAUAAUGCCAUUUCUGUCCAUUUUAAAUACUUCUACAUCGAGGACUACUGCUCUGAUGACUUCGUCAUCAUCUACGACACUCUGGGCACAGACGAUUCUCAAGCCAUAACAAUAAAGUGCGGCCAAAGGCCUCCCACCAAUUCUCUGCAGGUGGCAUCAUCUGGCAACAUCAUGCUGGUCAACUUGAUCACAGACACUGAAGUCCAGAGACCCGGCUUCCAGGCCCUCUAUAAAUCCAUCCCCUCAUCUGCUGUUAAAACCUGUGGCGGCGUCCUCUCUGAAAGCAACGGCACCUUCGUGUCUCCCCUUCACCCCAGCUUCUAUCCUCCUGCUGUGGACUGCAAGUGGACCAUCGAGGCUCCAGCUGGGAAGAAUAUACGAGUAAAGUUCACCCUCUUCCGCAUGAAAGAGCCUGGGGUGGACAGCCGCAUUUGUCACAAAGACUAUGUGCAGGUUAUGGGCACCAAGUACUGUGGUGAGAUGGCCUCUUUGGCUUUGACCAGUGACUCCAAUAGCCUUGAAGUGUUAUUUCACUCCGAUGAGUCCUACACAGACAAAGGCUUUAAGGCUGAGUAUACCGCCUUUGAUCCCGCCAACCCUUGUCCCAACAAGUUCGCCUGUGCUUCUGGCAUCUGCAUUGCAAACCAGCUCCACUGUGAUGGCUGGAAUGACUGUGGCGAUAUGAGCGACGAGGUGAAAUGCAAUUGUGCCAAGGACCAGAUUGCUUGUGACAAUGGAAUGUGCAAGCCGUCAUACUGGGUGUGCGACCGCGUCAACGACUGUGGAGACUGGAGUGAUGAAAAACGAUGCAGUUGUGCUCAGAACGAGUGGCGCUGCGGGAACGGAGGAUGUUUGCCUCAGGAUGUCAGAUGUGACAAAAAGAAAGACUGCGAAGAUGGAAGUGACGAGGCUGGUUGUGAAAGCUCCGUGGGGAUCUGCUCCGACUUCAGUUUCCAGUGUAAGAACAAAGACUGUGUCAAUAAGGUGAACGCCGAAUGCGACCGUGACAUAGACUGCUCUGACGGCUCAGACGAGGAGCACUGUGAUUGUGGCAUCAGACCUUAUAAACUCAACCGCAUCGUAGGAGGGCAGGAUGCAGAACUGGGGGAGUGGCCCUGGCAGGUCAGCCUUCACUUCAUGACCAGAGGGCACGUUUGCGGUGCCUCCAUCAUCUCGCCAAAUUACCUGCUUUCUGCUGCACACUGCUUCGUCACCCACGACCCACAGAACCACAUUGCAUCCAACUGGCAAACCUACAGCGGCAUGCAGGAUCAGUACAAGCGGGAUGGCAUACAGCAGCGUGCCAUAAAGAAAAUCAUCAGCCACCCAUAUUACAACCAGAUGACCUAUGACUAUGACAUCGCACUGCUGGAGCUCAGCCAGCCGCUGGAGUUCAGUAGCACCAUCUACCCUGUCUGCCUACCCUCUGUUUCCCACGUCUUCCCCGCAGGCACGAACUGCUUUGUCACAGGCUGGGGCACGCUUCGAGAAGGAGGUCAGUUGGCGCAGCAGCUGCAGAAGGCCACAGUGAAGAUCAUCAACGACACCGUGUGCAACGUUGUCACAGAGGGCCAACUCACCUCCAGGAUGCUCUGCAGCGGCUUCCUAGCCGGAGGGGUGGACGCGUGCCAGGGAGACUCCGGGGGUCCCCUGGUCUGCUUUGAGGAGAGCGGGAGGUGGUUCCAGGCCGGCAUCGUGAGCUGGGGCGAAGGCUGCGCUCGCCGGAACAAACCCGGCGUCUACACGCGAGUUACCAAACUGAGGGCAUGGAUCCAGGAGCAGACCGAGAUUUGAUCAUGCAAGAACAUGGAGGCCUGCUGCGACGGGGAACCAUGCAGUGCUUUUUGAAAAAAAAUGGAGUCUGCUUAAGGACAAGUUUCUCCAAGAUUUAUUCCAUUUAGCAGCAGACUUGGUGCCUGGACCACCGACUCACAUAAAUGGAUUAAGGCACUUUAGUUUGAUGCCAACCUCUGUUUUCGCAGUAUAAUCACACAGACUCAGAUGUUGUAUAUAUGUGUGUUUAAGACAUAAAUCAGAGCAGUCGGUGUACUAUCAUGUCUAUUUUACUUGUUAACAAUAAUGUUUGUUCGGAGAAUGUAGGUAAAGUUUUGAACGGAGGCCGAUUCUGAACCUUUUAGAUUUUUUUUUUUUUUUUUAAAUAUCUGUGCCAGAUUUUAUUUUGGUUUUCUUUCUGGUACUUGAUUGUUUUUGUGUUUGUUUUUUUUUUUGUUUUUUAAAACCAAUGUUUUAUGUAUCUACAAACUGGUGAGAUGCCUUCAUCCUGGCGGUUUGCAGGGAUUGUUGCACUUAUUAGUGACUUUAUGCAGUAGAUUUUGGCGUUGGAACAAGAAUCUGAAAUCAAGAUAACUUCUUACACAGGAUAUAUACUUUAGGGGGUCAAACCUGUUCCAAAGCUCAACACAGAUUCUUGUCAUUAUGGUGUGAAAAUGAACCUGGAACCUGGCAUAAAGACACCUAGACACCCCCUUUAAGAAAAAGAAGGGGAAAAAAAAAUAACAUUAUCUUUGCAUGCAGUAUCUACUGCAAUAUUAAUAAAAAACAGCCUUUGCUUCUUGUGGAAAAUGCUGCACUCAGAGCUGCUGAACAGCAGGAUUAAAGUGUAACUGCUCCUCGUUCUUCCUCGCUCUGCUCAUCCCAUAACUUAAAAAAACAAAAUGCGGACAAAUCCACUCUAUAAUUCCCGUGUAUCCGUCUUUGAUUCUCAGGGUGCAGAUGUCCAGAAUGCCGUUCCAAUCAGCAGCCUACACUUCAAAUUUAGAUGCUGGGAAUUCAGUCAACAGCAGCAAAGUAUUUUCACAGUCUUCCCGAGUCUAACCUUAAAGCAGCAAUAAAAACAAUAUAACUGUCAUUGCUGCGCCUGUCCUGUGACGUUAAAUGCACCUGAAAACACCCAGUGAUGGGGAGUAGUCUCAAAGCCUGACCCUAGUGCUGAUCUGAGACCUGUGCACACCUGUUGGUUGACUCAGGACUCAGAUGUGCGUUCUUUUGGUGUGCUGUCAGAUGUUCACGAGCCUCAGCUGCUCCGUGAGUGCCCUGAAGUCAUUGUAUUCAGAGAAACUAAGGACGAGCAUUGGAUCCACUUGGGUUUUGCGCAGGUCACAAGGUGAGCUCGGGGUCAUUAGGGACUUCGGUGUUGCACACCCGAACAAAUCAGUCAGGUUGGGAAUCUUUUAACAUGGAUUUACUCUCCCUGCUGAUGCAAAACUUCUUUUUAAUAGAAAGUUUGGAAAGGAAACUGGACUGUUUCUUUUACAGCAUUUGUCCUCAUCUCUGAUGACAAAAAAAAAAAACCCAAAGUAUUAUUUGUUGAAGGUUAAAUCUGAUGAGGGUCAACAGACUUUUUUUGACUAAAGUAAGCAUAUUUAAAUGUGCCACUUUUUUCAGGAAGUAGGAUUUUUGUUUGUUUUUUUGGUGGGAUGGGAAAUGUGCAUUGUGACUGUGAUUUGGAUUAUAAGCAUAUAAUUUAUAUUCUGAACGUUUUUUGUUUUUUUUUAAAUAUAUGAGCAUUGCGACAAACAACAUUUUAACACAUUCCACGGUACCUAAUUAUUGUACCUGUAAAGUUUGUUUUUGACUGGGUCCUCUUUUGUACUACGUUGUGCCUAAUAAAUGCGAUUUUGG